AUGGCUCCCAAAAGACCCCGCUCCUCAGACUGGGGCAGAGAGCAGCAGUGCCUCCCGCAGGUGGCCCCAGAUGCUGAGAAACGGACUGUGUCAGUGGAGGCCCUGAACAGAAACCUCUCUGCUUCACUGUUGUCUGUGCAGCAGAGGCUUGCAGGAACUGAGAGAAACUUGGAGGAACUGCUGGCCAAGCACAGGAAUCUAUUGAAGAAUUUCUCUAAUAGUGCAAACAAAGUAUGCACAGAGUGUGCCAACGGGAAGAAUUACAAGGGGAAAUGUUACUUCUCCUCCACCGAGAAAAUGACCUGGAUUCAAAGUCGUGAUUAUUGCAAAUCGAAGGGUGCUCACCUGGUCAUUAUCCAUAGCAAAGAGGAGCAGGUAAAACCAGAUGUUGUGCUCUCCAUCAUCGAAGAGACGCAAUGGAUUGGGCUUAGUGACCGAGAGACAGAGGGAACUUGGCGUUGGGUGGACAAUACACUCCUCAGCCAGACCAAAACAACGUAA